CUUCUAGUCCCUCCUGGCUUCCCGUUCUCCGGCCCGGCGGGCGAGGUCAGCCGAGGCCGCCAUAUUGAAUAAGCAAGCGGGUCUCUCUGAGGGGGUUGGUGCGGUGCAGACAGUUCUGCAGAGCGGCUUCGGCGGCUCCAGGGGGAAGGUGAGGUCGUGCUUGGGUGAGAAGGCUGAGGUGCCUCUUGCCACAGGAGUUGAUUUCUUGACGAGACUGUUUCCUUUGGCCCAGGUGACUCAUUCUACUCUUGUCCUUGACUGGGUGCCGCGUCUCACCCCGCCUCCGGCACCCCCGAGAGCCGGCAGGUGAGGGCUGUUAGCCAUGGUCUCUGGUCUUUCGGAGCAGAAAGCUGGUGGAGGAGUAGGAAGCCCUGGGAGCGCUGGCCUGGAGACAGGCUUGUGGGUGACCUUCACUGUGCAAGGGAAAUGCAGGUCAUUCCCCUUUGUGGAGCCGAGGCCGUUUUGUUCCCCGGGAGAGGAUCUAUGUACUUGACUUAGGCCCGCGGAUUGAGCAUUGCCCCCACCGAGUUCACACGUACUUGAUACAGUACGUUGUUGGCCGCUAUUGCCUUAGCCACCAUCCACUCCUCGGGGGUUUUUUGUUGUUUUUGCUUUUGUCCAUUGAGUGCGUUGGGGAACAUUUUUUAUCCCUUUCCCUGGUGGGGAAACUAGGAAAUAUUUAAAAGCUUUGCCCCAGGUCGCAUUGCGGAUAACACCGCUUCGUUGCUUAAAAGUUCCUGGGAUCUAACGCGCGUACCGGGAGACCGUGGACGCGCCCCAGCUCCGCUCGAGAACGAAUAGAGGGCGUUGAAAAUGUAACGUGAAUCGUGUCUGCUGAAUAAACUUCAAGUUGUUUCUUUACGGAAUGUUCUUUCCACCGAGUUGCGUGUGCAUCGUUAAGCAGGGUGUUUGCUAUAAGGCUGUCAGAGCACCUGCACUUUUUAAUUCCAGGAAAGUGGAAGUUAAGUUUCGGCCAGAGAUUAGACAUAGAAUUCAUUUAGCAAAUAGUUCUCGAACGUCUGCUAUGAACUAGAACCGAGUCCACGAAGAAUAAAAUGGGUGAUAGGACUAGGGAGUAGUUGGGGAAUUUAGGACAGGCUGAUCAAGGAAAGUUUCCCUGAAGAAUGGCUUUUAAGCCCGAAUUAGAAGGACAAGGAGAGGCCAGAAAGCUCUGAAGGAAUGCAUUGAAGUCCGAGGCCACAGCCUGUGGGAAGAUGGGAGAGGCUGUAGGAACAGUGUAGAAAGCAGGAGACCUGUUGGGGGGGCUUUUAUAAUAGUUCAGGCAAGACGAUGGUGGCUUCCAAUAGAGUGGUACCUUGGAGAGAAGUGCGUGGAUGCAGGCUAUAUGGUAGGGAAUAUAUUGUAUUGUUCCUAUGCUAAAAUUGUCCAGUCUAGUUUUAGAAAUGAUUGGUCAUUAACAUUUUCCCAUUUGGAGGCGAUUAUCUCCAUUCCCACGCGGUAGAUAAAUACAUGUAAAGUACAGAUUAAAUAAAGUUUUGUGAAACUGUCUUUUGUUGGGGCUAUGCACUAUUCCCUGCUGGAUUUUCAAGAGACCACCUAUUGCUGCUUGAUUUCCUAGCUAAAGUGGGCAAUACUUUUAUAUUGUAUGGAGACAAAAUAAUAGUAAGAAAGUGUUGACGUUGUGUGAAAUAUUGAUUAUUGAUUUUCAUUGUCACUAUUAAUUCAGCAAAUUCAGAUUUACCUUUAUAUUGCAAUAGAUUUUAAUAAGAUAGAGUUUACUCAUUUUGGAACUUGACAAGAUUAUUUGAUGGUUAUUUUUUUCAAGGGCUAGGUCUUCGGAAAAGGGAAAUGACCAAAUUGCACUAUUCCUCUUCAAGGAGCUUACAGUUUAGUAGGUACUAAAAUCAAUUACUAACCUACAGUUUAGUAGGUGGAAUAAUAAAGUUAUGUACACAAUGUGUGCCUAUGGUACAGAGAGGGAGUACCAAGGAAGAGGACUUUGAAACUGAUUUUCAGUGGCUAUUUCUGUCUAUGUUGAAUUUAGUUCUAAUUGACAUUUACUGAACUCCUAAUACCACAUAAUCUAGGAAGUAUUGUUUGCUUCCUGAUCUGUACAUUAAGCAGAAACUCUGAUUUAUCAAAAAUCACUCAUUGGUAUGUGGUAGCCUUCAUGUCUGCAAAUUCAGUAUCACAAGUUGAAUUAAUGAAUUUUAUGAAUUAACAAGUCUGAAUUAGAAAGCUUGUUAUACCUCUUCUAUAAUAGAUAUGUGAAACUUUAUGCUUAAAACUUAUGUAUACAUACUGUUUUCUCUCUUUACUUUUGAAAGUCAUUAUGUUGAUACUUUUUUUUUUUUAAGUUUAUUUUGAGAGAGCGUGUGUGUGUGUGUGUGUGUGUGUGCGCGCGUGGGGAGAGGGAGAGUGAGAGAGAGUCCCAAGCAGGCUCCAUGCUGUCAGUGUAGCGCCCCAGGCAGGGCUGGAUCUCAUGAGCCAUGAGGUCAUGACCUGAGCGGAAACCAAGAGUCUGUCACUCAACUGUGCCACCCAGGUGCCCCUACAUUGAUACAUUCUGAUCACAUAAUUUCCAUUUUUAGAAGUUCCAAGUGAAAAAUUAUAGUUUAGAUGCUUAGCCCAUUUGAUCAAGUGAGUAGACAAAAAGUUCAGUUCCAAGCCCUUAUGAUCAAAUGAAUGGAUGAAAACUCUAAAGUUCAGUUAACAUUCUGUUUGCUUACGUAUGUCUUUAAUGGGUGUUAUUUAUAUAAUUCAUUCCUAUUUCUUUCAGUAAUUCAACAAAGAUUUAUUACGGGAUACUGUCCUGUGUACUGUAGGAUGUUUAGUAGUACCCUGGCCUCUACCCACUAGAUGCUAGUAACCUCCCCCCAAGCUGUGACAACAGUGUGUACAGAUGAUGCCAAAUGUUCCCUGGGAAACAAAACUGUACCUGGUUGAGAACCACUGUUUUAUUUAUUUGUUUUUAAAUUUUUAUUUAUUUUGAAAGAGAGAGAGAAAGAGUGUGAAUCGGGGAGGAGCAGAGAGAGAGGGAGAGGGAAUCUCAAGCAGGCUCUGAGGUGUCAGCACAGAGCCCAAUGCCCGGCUCGAUCUCAAACGGUGAGAUCAUGACCUGAGUCAAAAUCAAGCCUCAGAUGCUCAACUGACUGAACCACCAAGGCACUCCUAUUUAUUUAUUUAUUUAUUUUUAAUUGUUUUUAACGUUUAUUCAUUUUUGAGAGACAGAGACAGCAUGAGUGGGGGAGGAGCAGAGAGAGAGGGAGACCCAGACUAUGAAGCAGGCUCCAGGCUCUGAGCCAGCACAGAGCCUGACGCAGGGCUCGAACUCACAAGCCGUGAGAUUGUGACCUGAGCCAAAGUCGGACUCUCAACUGACUGAGCCACCCAGGCGCCCCUUUAUUUAUUUAUUUUUUAAAGUUUAUUUAUUUUGUGAGAGAGAAAGCACGAACAGAGGAGGGGCAGAGAGAGAGGGAGAGAGAAUCCCAGGCAAGCCCCACCCUGUCAGCACAGAGCCCCACGCAGGUCUCAAGCCCGCAAACCAUGAGGUCAUGACCUGAGCCAAAACCAAGAGUCAGUUGUCCAACUGAUUGAGCCACCCAGGCACCCUGAGAACCACUAUUUUAGAGCUUACUGUGUAUCAGCCUUGGAAAUAGGCACCAAAGAUACAAAGAUUCAAGAAGUUCAUUAAUCCAAUGAGGGUAGAACAGACCUAUAAUUGCAAAUCUGUAAAAUAAUUGUACCAAGCCCAGAAAAUGGCUCUCCAGAUACUUAAAAGGCUUGGACUUCUGAGCCAUCUCAGAAUCUCAGGAACAUUUAGUAGAUGACUGCUUAGAACACGGAAAGUUAGGGGCGCCUGGGUGGCCUAGUCGGUUGGGCGUCCGACUUUGGCUCAGGUCAUGAUCUCACGGUCCAUGAGUUCGAGCCCCGCGUCAGGCUCUGUGCUGACAACUCGGAGCCUGGAGCCUGCUUGGGAUUCUGUGUCUCUCUCUCUGACCCUCCCCUGUUCAUGUUCUGUCUCUCUUUGUCUCAAAAAUAAAUAAACAUUAAAAAAAAUAAAUAAAAAAAAAAAGAACAUGGAAUGUUAGAAUGAGUAUUGCUACGAAAUGAAGGCAGAAGGUCUUAUUUACAUAGUAUUAAUGAUAAGCUCACUUAUUCUUAAAAUUUAUAUUACUACAUAGUAGUGUUUUACAUUUGAUUGUUUAUACUUUAAAAACGACAACACUGCCCUUUACGUAAAUUUGAUUACUAGCUAUUCCUUCUUAGCUCCUUGACAUUGUACAAGUCAGUUAGUUACUCUCUCUCAGACUGAGUAUUCUCAUCUCUAGAAUUUGAGGAAAAAUAUCAGGACUUGUGAAUGUUCAAUGAAAUAAUGUAUGUAAAGUGCUAUUAAACUUAAAAACCAUUACCCAAAAGUUUGUAAUUAGAGUUUUAUUAUUUCCUAUGAUAAUAUAACUCUUCUUUGUUUUAUUCUUAGCAAUAUGUUAAGGAUACCUCUAAAAAGGGCCUUAGUAGGCCUUUCUAAGUCUCAUAAAGGAUGUGUUCGAACAACUGCCACAGCAGCAAGCAACUUAAUUGAAGUAUUUGUCGAUGGUCAGUCUGUCAUGGUGGAACCAGGAACUACCGUACUCCAAGCUUGUGAGAAGGUUGGCAUGCAGAUCCCUCGAUUCUGUUAUCAUGAAAGAUUGUCUGUUGCUGGAAACUGUAGGAUGUGCCUUGUUGAAAUUGAGAAAGCUCCUAAGGUUGUGGCAGCUUGUGCCAUGCCAGUAAUGAAAGGUUGGAAUAUCCUGACAAACUCAGAGAAAUCUAAGAAAGCAAGAGAAGGUGUGAUGGAGUUCUUGUUAGCAAAUCACCCACUGGACUGUCCUAUUUGUGACCAGGGAGGUGAAUGUGAUCUGCAGGACCAGUCCAUGAUGUUUGGAAAUGAUAGGAGCAGAUUUUUAGAUGGGAAACGUGCUGUGGAGGACAAGAAUAUUGGGCCAUUGGUAAAGACUAUCAUGACUAGAUGUAUACAGUGUACUCGCUGCAUCAGGUUUGCAAGUGAGAUUGCAGGAGUAGAUGAUUUGGGAACAACAGGCAGAGGAAAUGAUAUGCAAGUUGGCACGUACAUUGAAAAGAUGUUCAUGUCUGAACUGUCUGGAAAUAUCAUUGAUAUCUGCCCUGUAGGUGCCCUGACUUCGAAGCCCUAUGCUUUUACUGCCCGCCCUUGGGAAACAAGAAAGACGGAAUCCAUUGAUGUAAUGGAUGCAGUUGGAAGUAAUAUUGUGGUAAGCACAAGAACUGGAGAGGUGAUGCGGAUUUUGCCAAGGAUGCAUGAGGACAUCAAUGAAGAGUGGAUCUCUGAUAAAACCAGAUUUGCCUAUGAUGGGCUAAAACGUCAAAGACUAACCGAGCCAAUGGUCAGAAAUGAAAAGGGGCUUUUAACCUACACUUCCUGGGAAGAUGCACUCUCUCGUGUAGCUGGAAUGUUGCAGAGUGUUCAAGGCAAGGAUGUGGCAGCAAUUGCAGGUGGCUUGGUGGAUGCUGAAGCCCUGGUAGCUCUCAAAGAUUUGCUUAAUAGAGUGGACUCUGACACCUUGUGCACUGAAGAGGUCUUCCCCACUGCAGGAGCUGGCACAGAUUUGCGUUCUAAUUAUCUUCUUAAUACUACAAUUGCUGGUGUGGAAGAGGCAGAUGUUCUCCUUCUGGUUGGUACAAAUCCGCGUUUUGAGGCGCCACUGUUUAAUGCUAGAAUUCGAAAGAGCUGGCUUCAUAAUGACUUAAAAGUGGCCCUUAUUGGCAGCCCAGUGGAUCUCACUUACAGAUAUGACCAUCUGGGAGAUUCCCCCAAAAUUCUUCAGGAGAUUGCUUUGGGUAACCAUCCGUUCAGCCAGGUAUUACAUGAAGCUAAAAAACCAGUGGUGGUUUUAGGCAGUUCUGCACUCCAAAGAAAUGAUGGGGCAGCAAUUCUUGCAGCUGUUUCCAACAUUGCUCAAAAGAUUCGGAUGAGUAGUGGUGUUACCAGUGAUUGGAAAGUUAUGAAUAUCCUUCAUAGGAUUGCAAGCCAAGUAGCUGCUUUGGACCUUGGCUAUAAACCUGGGGUGGAAACAAUUCGUAAAAGCCCUCCCAAAGUGCUAUUUCUCCUGGGAGCAGAUGGAGGUUGUAUCACUCGACAGGAUUUGCCAAAGGAUUGUUUCAUUAUUUAUCAAGGACAUCAUGGAGACGUUGGAGCUCCAAUAGCUGAUGUUAUUCUCCCAGGCGCUGCUUACACAGAAAAGUCAGCCACUUAUGUCAAUACUGAAGGCCGAGCUCAGCAGACAAGGGUAGCAGUGACACCUCCUGGCUUGGCAAGAGAAGACUGGAAAAUUAUAAGAGCCCUCUCUGAGAUUGCAGGUAUGACUCUUCCAUAUGAUACUCUGGAUCAAGUAAGGAACAGAUUGGAGGAAGUCUCUCCUAAUCUUGUCCGAUAUGAUGAUGUCGAAGGAGCCAAUUAUUUCCAGCAAGCAAAUGAGCUCUCCAAGCUAGUGAACCAGCAACUUCUUGCUGAUCCGCUUGUUCCACCUCAGCUAACAAUAAAAGACUUCUACAUGACAGACUCAAUUAGCAGAGCCUCACAGACAAUGGCCAAAUGUGUCAAAGCUGUCACAGAAGGUGCCCAAGCAGUAGAGGAGCCAUCCAUUUGCUGA